GUUGGCGCACGCUUGCUCGCGGAUAGACAUCGGUUAUCGCUCUAUUAGGAAUUGACGAUAUUUUUAAUAUUAAUCAUAAAGUGAUAUACGUUUAAUCAAUUGAUGUAAAAAAAAGUAAUUAAUAAAAAUAAGCUUAUCAUCAAUUAAUUAGACAUAAUGGUGUCUUCCGUGAAUUUAUUCGUAGUCGGUAUUAUAUUGCAAAUUACGUUUGUGUCCCCGAUUGCUGAAAUUGAGGCGGAUGAUGAAGUGCUGCACUUGAUAGGCGAGCCAGAUUUCCGUGAUGUGCGACUACGAUGGGAGUACGGAAAGAGUGAUGAGGAGGAUCCGAAGAAGGUUUUGGCAUUCCAAAUACAUUACUGCGAAUUGCAAGCCUGGGGACAAUAUAGAUGUAGAACCAAGGUUGUAGACAAUUUCGAAGACGAAAGAUCUGCAAGGAUGAUGUUAGAAACAACAACAAGUAAGGUACCCGUCGGAAAGCGUGGUCGGACAUACACGACAUAUAUUACAGGAUUACGAAUGGCUACCACGUAUUCGUUCGAGGUUCGACCGGUUAGAAGAGAUGCUAGAGAUCUCGCUGAUCCACACUCUAUUGGAUCGAAGAUUAUAAUUGUACCCACUAAAGGAUUCUCAGCACGCGCUACACAAUGCCUGCCCCACGCGAGUGAAGUUGAAGUAUCAACAGGUCCAUACUUCGGUGGCCGCAUUGCCGUGGAAGCGGCAGAUGGGGGCCCAGAACGAUGUUCUAUUCAAGGAAACCCCAAUAGUGCCCAAGACGCCUAUACACUGCGGAUUCAUCAUGAAGAAUGCGGUUCCGAGGUCAAUGAUACUACGGUCGCCACUUACGUUAUCGUUCAAGAAAACCUGCCAAUACUCACCCACAGUACCCGUCGGUUUUUAGUUCUAUGUACUUAUAAACCGGAGACGUUAACGGUGCGAGCUGGUAUUAAUUUACCAAAGGCAAAUCCUGGAGAUGUUCUGGUGGAAACAAAACCUCACGGGGUUGUGGAGCCAUAUGAUGAGCAGGAAUUAAAUGAUAAUAGUUUACAACCGGCCCGGCUUGAAGCUUCAAAGGAGGAAUCGCAACAAAGUGUGUUUGGAGAGAUCACUUUAGUAAUGUUCCUGGUGGUAGCAGCGUUCGGCGGUGUUGCUUUCUUAGUCUGGAAGAUGGUGCCUCGAGCUGAUAAAGUGAACAGCGAUAAUAUGUCUGUAUCAACUGUGUCUUCUCUUUCUCGUACAGGAAUUUUCAGUAGGGGCAAUAUAGAUAGAUUUAAUAGAAGUUCUAUUUACUCAAUAACAUUAUCAGAAAAGGAUGAAACUGUUAAAAAACCUAGUGACGGUGAUGACACUUCAGAGGCAUAAUCUUUAAAAAUUCGUUACGAGUGCUAUUUGGGCUGUUUUACUAUAGACGUUAGCCUGUUUUAAUCCGGAGCUGAAACAAACAACAUUGUGACAUAUUGUGGUGUGCUUUGUCUUGUGUUAAAAAUGCAAACAUUUUCGUUCUCUCUCUGCUUGAAAUUACUGAUCAUGUAACUUUAGCAGCAACUUAUUUAGUAAUGUUUCUUCCGGCUAAACUAUGGAAGAGUAAUAGUUGAUGGUAAAGAAAAUCAUUGUGUUGCCAUGUCGCAUAAUUCAUGCUACGAUGGCUUCUGCCACAUUUCUGCUUGUUGUUGCACCGGUGUAAACUUGCAGGCUAUAGAUGCAACUCUACAUUAUACCAAUUAUUCACUACGCGAUCGACUUUAGAAAUUUAUAAUUGUGAAGUGAACUAAAAAAACACGAGGAUAUUUUACAGCAAUAAAAUAGUAAAUCGGGAGACAUAAUAUCAUCGGCUUUGGUAAAUGAUGCGUAUAAGUUAAUUUACUUAAGUUAGCAUUUUAAGUAAAAAUAGACUGUAUUAUUUAAGUUGCACAUGUGAUUAUUAAGUUAGAUAUAUACUGCUUAGAUCUGUUCUAAGACGAUCUUGUAAAUAAUUUAAAUACAGAAUCACUAUAUCACAUUAGCGGAUGUUAUACAUCUGGCCAGUAUUAAGACAAUCACUUAAACACUAUGAUUGCCAUAAGAUAGAACACAAACUAAUGUAAUAAUGCGAUUAAAUGUAAGACACGAAGUGAGUAUUAAUAAAAGACAUA